CCCACAAAGCCACGUUCUCCGGUCGUCAUGGAAAUGAAGUGUUGUUGCUUCAGAGUCGCAGUAUUAUUUAGCACAUUGCGGUAGGAACUGAAGAGGUGCCAGGUGCGCCUAAGGGCCGCAAAAUGUAUGGCCCUCCUGUGGAUUUUUCGUUUAAAUGCCUCAGUUCCUUGGCAGAUGUCCUGUCAGAGCAUCCCAAUGUAGGUCUGAAGCCUGUCCAUCGUACCCCAGAAGGGAAGUUCUGCAGCAAAGCUUUGAGGCUGAGCAACAAUAUUCUCUCAAACCUGAGUGAUUUCGCCACUGCCUCUACUGCCUUGUUGGAUGACCCAAAACAGCUGUCUUGGAUUGAUCUGUCCUUCAAUGACCUGUCUACCAUCGACCCAAUCCUAACUGAGUUCAGGGAGUUACGGGUGUUGUAUCUCCACGGAAACAGCAUUUCCAGACUAUCAGAAGUGGACAAGUUGGCGGCUCUUCCUCACCUUCAAAGCCUGACUCUACACGGCAACACGCUGGAGAAUGAGAAAGACUACAGGAACUACGUGAUUUCAGCACUCCCUCAUUUAAAGUCACUGGAUUUCAGUGCAGUGACUAAGCAGGACAGGGUCACUGCCCAGAUCUGGAGGAGGGGGUCCAGCCGACCAAAGCGCUCCAGGAAGACUCCAAAUGAAUAGAUGGAAGUCACGCUCGUGCCUAGUAAGCCUGAUGUCAUACGGGACUGAAGUGUGCUGCAAAAACAGAAUACAGCUCUCUCUCUCACAUCACUGCGUAGUAGAGUUGCAUCAUAAUGUAAAAUGCUAGCCUCAUGCUGUAUUUAAACAUUUUCCUCAUUCUGAAGAAUCAUACCAUGUUUCCAUACUCGUUUUUUCCUUAACAAAUUACACUCAUUCCUCAUUUACGUCACAGAUAAAUCUAA